UGCUGUGAUCUUGUUGGAUACAAUUCAACAGUGAGAGACGCGCCUUGGAGCGCUGCGCAUGCGCCUACGAGCGGCGCAAAUAUGUGGCAGUUUGGUUCAAAAAUCUGAGAUACAACCUGUUUAGUGUGAUAGUGUUAAAAUAAAGCACAGCUAUACAUAUUUAUGGAAAGAGUACAUGCUUUGAGUGGGAAUACAACCUUGUAUAUACGAUAUCAAGGGAGAUAAAUUUAAAUCGAGAAAAGAAUAAAAAUAAAAAGGAGCAAUGGAAGGAUCAAAUGAUGAAAAAUGGGGUGUAGAACUAUCUGAGUCGACAGCAGACCCGAGCAUCUCAAUAAUGGCGGAAGAUGUACCAACUUUAACCUUGGCUACUAUAUUGGGGGUGACGAUAGUUAUAGUGAUAGCUAUCGUUAUUGUGUUUGUUUUGGGGGUUUUAAUCGAUUGCAGGCAGAAAAGAAUGUUAGAUCGUCAAAUAGAACAAAUGAAACGAAUCAAGAAGCAUAAAAAGGCGAAAGUCCAACCUCUGACUGACGUUCUCAGUAUAGCUGAUAAUAUGGAGGAAUCGGGAACCAGUCCUGCGCCAGCGGAGAUGCUUCGGCAAAUUCCCUAAAAUGUUGUUAUUUGUGUUAUUUUCUGUUUCAUAGUAAUCGAUAGUCUCACAUAUUUUUAUAAUAAAAUGAAAUUCUGUACCGUUUAAUUAAGAAUAUACAUUUCAAGUCGAAGAAAAAAAUGUAAUGAGAAUAUGAAAUGUAGAUUUCCAUUUGUCCGAUACAUAUGCUUUUUUUUUAAUUUAAUGGAGAAUAUUGUACCUAUGAUAGAAUAAAAUUAAUGACUGGACUCGAAAAACGUAUCCAAAAAAUAAAAUAAUAAUGUAGAGUAAAUAAGAUUUGUUAUAGUAUUAGGUAAAAUUUUAUUUCAUUAAAAAUGCAUAUAAAAC